AUGUCAACUACGCGAGGUCGGUCGAUGGACUCGCGAGCGUCAGCGGCUCGAGCGGUGCAGUCCUUUCUCCCCGAUGAAGAGCUCCGCCCGCAUGCGCCCCUCAACCUUCGUUGGCGCGCCGGUAACCCGCUGUUCGCGCAUUACAUUACACUCAUCGAGCGUGUCCGAUGUCUCAAUCCGACUCGCCGACUGCAGCUAGCCCAUGGGCUUACCUUCAAGCUAGGGUGGCCGUCUCACCUCCGCUCGAUCGAGCAGAUUCGCGCCGGAGUGAAGCCAGAGCCCGGCUCACGGUGGAGUCCUGAAGAUAAGCGGCUGCUGCUACUCUUCCGAGUGGAGUUUGAGAUCCCCAAUAAGUUCGUCGCUGCCGUGUUCUUUGAGGGGCGGACUGCGGACGAGUGCGAGAGCCAAUUUACUCGUCUCCUCCAAGAGAUGAACCGCGCUGACAAAGCGCGUGUGAAAGAAGGGAAAGAUUUUCUUUGGUCCGAGGAGCAGAUGGUGAAAGUGGCGCAGACAAAGCAGCAGGGUAAAGGCUGGGAGGAUAUUGCGGAGAUGUUUUCCGGUAGAGACCCGACCCAGUGCAAGUACGCCUACUAUCGGUAUUUGUACAGGCGUCGGGAACUUCCGGAGAGGACAGUGGAAGCUACCCCGAGCGAGGCUUCAACAGCAAAACAGCUUCCAGAAGCCGUUAUACGCAUUAAGGAGCAGACGCCGCCUUCCCAACCACAGACAACCGACGAUUUGAAGAGGUGGGACCAAGAAGACCGGGACCUUGUCUUCAACGCUUCACAGAGUGGCAUGAGCUCCAAGGAGAUCUGGCAGAAGCACUUCUCAAGUCGGACGUUUGGAGCCGUUCGGACGAGGGUGUCUUUCGAGAAGAAGCUUCGAGGCGCGAAAUCCAAGGCCAGCAAAUGGUCGGACGGCGAGCGUAACCUGUUGCUACGGCUGGUGAAUGGCGGGCAUGGAUUCGAGCAGAUCGCCCCGAAGUGGUUUCCGCAUCGCACGGCCGAGAACUGUGAGGCGUACUACAAGUAUUUGAUGAAAGCGAAAGGGCCUACGCUGGCAAGCACGGAGGCGUCUGGAGGCGAGGUGGACGCAGAGGGCGAUGUGGACAUGCAAUCGGAUAUGGACAUAGAGGCUGACAUGACAGCGGCGGAUAAUGACGAUGACGAAGAUUUUUCCCCAGAGGAUCAUUCAGAACCAGCCUCGCCUCCCCACACCACACAAAGAACUGCCAGGCGUCGCCGCUCCUCAGCCACCAACGCAAACCCAUAUUCUGCGGCUCCAAAUGCCGACGACGAAGCCUUCCUCGAAUCCCAGCGCUCCUCCCUCAUCGCCUCCAUCGACGUGGAGGAGUUGUCAGCAGGAGAGAAGACCAAGCUCAAGAAAGCUCUUGACGAAGCCGGCUGGCCGAAACGCUUUACAUCUAUCGCCGACUACCACGCUCCGCCUCCGAAGACAGGAAAAUAUUGGCCCCUGGAGGAUUCGCGUGCGCUCGUAGCCAUGAGGGAGACAUCCGAUUUGAGCUUCCGGAUUAUCGCGGACAAGUUCUAUCCUGGACGGUCGGAGAAAGCCGUUAGGAAUCACUAUGGGACUUUGGAGAGAGGAGGGAGGGAGUCUGAUAUGAGGCGCGGUCGGGCUACGCACACCAGAAUGUUUCGUCCGGUCUAAGUUCAGAUGCUGAAAUCUCCCCGAGUCCAACUUCCAGACUGUUCGUCCAGUCUAGGUACAGAUACCGAGCUACGACUAAGGGACUCGGUCGAAUCAUUUUUGUUGAAGCGUAGGGGUGAAUAGAAAAAUACGUGGCAUCUUCCGCAGCGGAGACUAUCUGGCGGGGUCUUCGGUAUCGGGGAAGUAGCUAGCUUGAG